UUGUUUUGAAAAUGAAUUUUCACAGCCGUUUGUUGUUUGUUUACACGUUUGAUACGCUAUCAGUAUGCUAUCUGAGUGAGAUAUACAUUUAAUCCGAAUUAAGGUAAUCGUUCAGCUUUUAGAACGUCACGGCGUUCAUCAGUUCUUUUGGACCGUAAUGCCAUAUAUAACACAUUCUAGCUGGAUGAUUAUUAAACACUAGAGGAAGACAUGUUAGCUAAUGAGAGUAAUGCUGCUGCUAUCACAUAGCCUUGUCAGCUAUGAACUCUAACGUUAAAGCUCUUAACACGAGUGUAAACAAAUAAACUGCACAGAACUUCACUUUCUACGGUAUUCGUUCAUAAGGUAAACAAGCAUUUGCUAAUAAUACUGAGAUCAUACGGGGUUUUAAGUUAACUCCUCAUACACCAAUAAAAACACACCAUGGCUCAAAGCUACCACAGAGACCCACAUCAUGACUCCGAUUAUAAACGUCCAAGAGACCCCAGCAGUGACUUUAACCGUGAUAAACGACAGCGAGCAUCCGACGAAGCCCAGCAGCACAGAGCCGCCGAGACCCUGAGCACUCGCAGACAACUGUACGAGAGGAACUUCCCUCUCUACAAGCAGCCGGUGGAGGUGGGCUGCUUCUCGCUGGACUCUCACAGGAACUUCUUCAAUGACCAAAGGCAGAUGAGAUAUUAUGUUGAGCCCAGGAAAAGGCCGGAUUUUAAUUUAAGGGACGGAUACACCAACCGCUUCGUGAAAAGAGACGAUGGCGUGAAAGAGAAGCUUGAUCACAUUCUGAGGUGGAUUCUGGCCAACAGAGACAAGAUCAAAACCCGAGACCAAAGCAGUGCUCUAGGUGUGGACUUUGUGACAUGGAGAGGACACCUAACCAAGGUCCUGACCACCCCGUACGAGACUCAGGAGGGAUGGAUGCUGGCCGCCUCCAAGUUCAGAGGCACCAUCUACAUCAGUGAGGUGGAAACGGAGGCGGCCAGAGCGAAUCGAGUGACCCGGUCGGAGCGGCAGGAGGAGAUGAUGUACUGGGGCUACAAGUUUGAGCAGUACACCUGUGCAGAUGGCGUGGACGGCACUCCAGACCCGGGGGGCGUCGUGAACACCAACGAGGCGUUCUGUACGGUGGUUCAGACCCGUUUGGCCGACCACAAGCUGCUGUUCUCCGGGGAGGUGGACUGCCGGGUCAAAGACGCUCCUCCGGCUCCGGGGUGUUACGUGGAGCUCAAGACCUCCGCCGAGAUCUGCACCCCGAAACAACGGAGUAACUUCCACAGGUACAAGCUGCUGAAAUGGUGGGCGCAGUCAUUUCUUCCUGGAGUGCCACUGAUAGUCGCUGGGUUUCGAGACCAUGAUGGGAUAGUGGUGUCUAUUGAGACCUUCCAAACCUCGAAAAUAUCACAACUGAUCAAGCACGAGCAAAACUGCUGGAGGCCAACCGUCUGCAUGAAUUUCUGCAACGAUUUCCUGUCCUUCGUCAAGUCCGUGGUCAAAGAGGACGACCCAAGACUGGUGUACCUGUUCGAAUGGGAUCCACACAGAGACGUGACCUACACCGUCCACAGAGACUCUCCGUUCACGUUCUUGCCAGAGUGGUACGUGAAGGAUCCCGCAUCUCACCACUGACCUUUUUACCCGUCAUAAACGCACUGUUUCGGCGCUGUGCACAGCUUGCUAUUGCUUGUGUUUUCUGGAUUAAGUUUGAAACCUGGAAAAGGACGGUUUUAACCAACACGGAUUUGAUGUCCAUGCGCACUGUUCAUGUUAUUUUUUAUAUUGGGAUUUUAUUUUAGCCUUUGUUUGUUAUGAUGACUUCAAAAUGUCCUUUAAAUAUGUACAUUUUCUCUGUUAAAUGUCCAUCACAAUCUUUUUAUAUAAUUUUAAUAGUUAUAUGACACUUUGGUCCUUAUUUAGGAAACACAAGCGCGUGAAUUUCUUGUAAAACGGUUCCUACGUAAAUUCAUUAUAUUUUGUGACAUUUUAAGAAUGAUUUAUCAAACAAUGAAUGAAUUUGUUGAGAUUUUGCACUUGACGUGCUGAAGAAAAUUAGAUAAUGGCUGUAAAUUAAGAAUUUGUUCUAAAGACAUAAUUUGUAACUAUGGUUUAUUAAUUCAUUCCCUCAUUUUAGUUAAACAAACAACUUAUAAAUUCUUAAUCUGUGGCCAUGAUAUCAUGUCAUGUGCGGGUCUCUGUGCUUUUGUGUUAAGAUUUGCUAUAUUAUCUCUGAGAAAUCACUACGGAGAGGUCUUGUCCAAAGCUUUUAUUAGCAUUCACUUAAAGUUUGCAAUUCAUUUAAAUAUGCCACAAUUACAGUUAAAUUAUACAAAUGAAAGUACAAAAUAUGUGCUAUAAAUUUUGAAAUAAAGAAACGUAAGUGCAAAGUCGUAUCAUUACGUAAACUCUAUUGGUUUUUAAUAUCGUAUUGUAUGAGGAACCAGUUUCAUUGACACAGCAGGUAAGACUUGUGUAAACAGGAAGAUGUUCUCUCUAAAAUGCAUAUUUAAGGCAAGUAUGGUGUGAAUAUAUUCACACUGACCUCAAACUCAGGUUUACGCUGAGCCGUGUAUUUUUUAAAUGCCUUUCAUGAUGGAUAAAUUGUGAUAAAUAUCUCGAUUCUGGAUAAAUUUAGAAUCACGACUUUCUUAUUUUUAACAGAAAAAAAAAAGUCAUUUACUAGACACAAUUUUAAUCGGUUUGAGUGAAUAAUUCAAUGACUCACUCAUAGAUGAAUGAUUAUAACAGUCAUUUGUCUCCAUCUACUGGUGUAACGAUGUAAUGAUUCAGUUUUUAAGUGCAAAGUCACUUUCAAAAAUCACUAUCGUAGACAUCAGGGUUUAUAUGCGAACUAUAAACUUUAAACGCUGCGAUCGUACUUGUCAAAGGUUUAAUGAAUAAUAGAAUAAUGCAAUGUGACCAGCUAAUGAUUAAUUAACAUUCAUUAAUGAUUCUCCAGAACAGUUUUACAUCACAUGGAGCCCAAAUUGU